AAUGUAAUAAACGAUAGGUUUGUUGACUCAGUUGUUGAUUGUGUUGUCAACCAAACAGUCACUUCAAUUGAUUGACAUUUUAAUUAUCGGAUCAGUCAUUGAUUUGGACACAAAUGUCUCACAACAGACAAUACACCGAUGACUUCACAUCUGUUAACGUGGACAGCGAUGACAAUGUGUCGGCACAAAGUCCUCAGUCGUCAAGUGAUCCAAAGAUUCAGAAACUUAAACAGCACGUGAAUGAAGUAUCAAAUAUAAUGCAACAAAACAUCGAUAAGAUUUUAGAGAGGGGUCAGAGGUUAGACCAUUUAGAAGAUAGGUCUGAAAUGCUGUCCAACAGAGCCGAUGAGUUUCGAGUUGGCGCCCGACGUGUGUCCCGUAAGAUGUGGUGGCAAAACACGAGAGUCAAUAUAUUCAUUGCUAUUGUCGUCACUGUUAUUAUACUUAUCAUUGUCUUAUCCAUCACUUCCAGUACUACCGGUAAAUAACAUUCAAAAUUAUUAUACUUUUCUAAACUAUACUUCACUUUAAAAUGUAUACUUCAAUAAUACAUUUUGAAAAUAUUUAAACUAAAAAUUGUUUUUAUUACAGUAAUUAUUAAUUUAAUGUUAAAUAUUUAUAUAAUUUAUAAAAUAU